AUGGAUGGACCGACCUUCCGGAAGUUGACGUCGAGACAGAUCGAUCUCGUAGCUCCACGUCUCCAAGUCCUUACUCGAUCCAGCCCCGACGAUAAAGUACGCCUAGUAACUCAUUUAAAGAGUCUUGACGAGGUCGUGGCUGUGACCGGAGACGACACGAACGAUGCCCUCGCAUUGAAGGCUGCAGAUGUGGGUUUCUCCAUGGGCAUAUCUGGAACCGAAGUCGCCAAGGAAGCAUCCGCAAUUGUUUUAAUGGACGACAACUUUGUAUCGAUUGCCAAGGCAAUCUCCUGGGGCAGAGCCGUCAACGAUGCCGCCAAAAAGUUUAUGCAGUUUCAGUUUACCAUCAACGUUACGGCCGGCCUUCUUACUGUCAUAACUGCACUCAUUGGUGGCACGGACGCAUCUGUCUUCAGUAUUGUCCAAUUGUCGUGGAUCAACCUGAUCAUGGAUACGUUCGCUGCGCUGGCCCUCGGUACCGACUUUCCAACUCCCAAUCUGCUGAAGCGGAAGCCCCAGCCGAGAGGAGUUGCAGUCCUCAACGUUACAAUGUGGAAGAUGAUUCUAGGGCAGUCCAUCUACCAGCUUGCGGUCAUCUUCACGUCCCACUACGCAGGGGAAAGCAUCUUCCAAUACCACACCGAGCAACAGCAGCGACAACUACAAACCAUGACCUUCAACGUCUAUGUGUGGAUGCAGUUCUUCAAUCAAAUCAACUCCCGGCGGAUCGACAACCGAUUCAACAUCUUGGAGGGUAUUCUCCAGAAUCCUUGGUUUUUGUUUGUGCAGGCUGUGACACUUGCUGGACAAGUCAUAAUCAUCUUUCUGGGUGGAGAAGCAUUCCAAGUUGCUCCUCUCACGGGAGCUCAGUGGGGCUGGUCUCUUAUGUUUGGAGUUCUCACUAUUCCUGUCGGCAUGCUGGUCCGUCUCAUACCUGAUUGGCUCCUGACCGCAGCUUCGGAGAUGUUCGCUCUCCCAUGGAAUUCAUUUACGACGCGUCGUACGGAGCCAGGGACAGCUACACGCAGUCUCGGUCCAGUUAUGGGACUCUUCAACAGAUGCUUGGGCCCUCGAAAGCAAACGGAAGGAGAAGAAGCUAUUCAAACCACCCAACAGAGUGCUGGUGCAACCGAUGAGGGCCUUGGCAAGUCUGGCGACCCAGCCGACCAGCAAUUGGAUCUUGAAGCGAUUGUUGAAGCUCUGAGGUACGGUACAGCUGAGGUCAAUGCCGGAAGUCAGCUGCAUCCAGACACUCGGAAGGAUGAUCCGGUUCUUGUCGACUUGAGACAGAUGGGUAUUCCGCCAAGUCAGAACCCUGCUCUGUGGCAGUUCAUGCGAUCACAGCUUUGA